GAGUUUAAUCAGACUUCUCUCUAAAGGAAGUUGUUCUUUCUUGCAGGUGCCGAUGGCCUGAUGGGUAUUUAUCUCUUCAUGAUUGGUGCAUAUGACCUGAAGUUUCGUGGUGAAUACAAUCGUCAUGCUCAAGCCUGGAUGGACAGCACUCAAUGUCAGGUCAUUGGCUCUUUGGCUAUGCUGUCUACCGAAGUGUCUGUGCUGCUCCUCACGUAUCUCACCUUGGAGAAGUACAUCUGUAUCGUGUACCCUUUCCACUACCUGACUCCCGGUUGGCGACGGACUGUCAGUAUCCUGCUCGGGAUAUGGGUGUUUGGAUUUGUCGUCGCCUUUUUGCCUCUGGCCUGCAAGGGUUUAUUUCGCAACUUUUAUGGCACCAAUGGGGUCUGCUUCCCUCUGCACUCGGAGCAGCCAGAGACGCCCUGGGCACAUGUGUACUCCAUUGUUAUUUUUCUUGGUCUCAACUUGGUGGCAUUCCUCAUAAUUGUCUUCUCCUAUGCAAGUAUGUUCUAUAACAUCCAGAGAACAGGCACUCAGACCACCAAGUACAGCAACCACAUAAAAAAAGAGGUCACCAUCGCCAAGCGGUUCUUCUCUAUCGUCAUCACCGAUUCCCUCUGCUGGAUCCCCAUUUUUAUUCUCAAGAUCCUUUCACUGCUGCAAGUGGAAAUUCCCGGUACCAUUAGUUCCUGGGUCGUCAUCUUUAUUCUCCCCAUCAACAGUGCCCUGAACCCCAUCCUCUACACGCUAACCACGCGGCCUUUCAAAGAAACAAUCCUCCAAGUGUGGGCAAACUACAGACAGAAAAGGCCUCUGCUCAGCGGUCACCCACCACAUCAUCCGUCGCUCACCUGGCAGGAAAUGUGGCCCCUCCAGGAAAACAGCCACGGCGUCUCCCCAGGGUGUCCGCUGGAGGCGAAAGACACAGCAGCCAAACUCCCCCCUGUGGAGAAUCCGGAUGAGGGAUACAAUGACUUUAAUGCAAGCACGAAACAACAACAGCAGAAGCAGCAUGCCGUGUUAUCGGUGUGCUCGCAGAAUAAGACGGUACCCCAAACACGCACACAUAUUCACACGUUCACACAAACAAAUGACCUCCUCUAAGUGACUAAGAAUUGAUCUGUUUGUAUGUCUGUAUAAUUCUCCUCAACCACAUUAACAUUUCAGGUUCAUUCAUCUAAACUCUUUUAAUUAUUCCCUUAACUAUGGAACUUAGGCCAUCAUCCUUGCACAGAUUUCUCAUUUAAAGUGAAAAACCAUGCCAGCAGUAUCCAUCAGGCUUAGCAGUAAACACAGUUAUCAAAGGUGUACAACUACCAUGUUAAACAUUUUACUCUGCCUUUUUUCUAGAACUCACCUCACUUACAAAUCAAAGAUGAAGACUUCUGAAUUACAAGGUUUUUUUAAAUACAACUUAGAUUCAUCUCUGUAAAUGAGAAUGUCAUUAAAAAUAUGAUUUAUCUCAGCAAUUUCAUACAGAAUAAGAAAGUCAUGCAAAUUAAUCAGUGUAUUUCAAGCAAUUUUUUUAAUUAUUUAUUUCAUUAUACUUUACAGCUAAUAAUAAUCCAAAAUGUAGUUUCUGAGAAAGUUACUUGACACCAAUAAAAAAAGGAUUUUAAAUACAUAAUCUAAUGUUACAGGCAAAAAAUAAUGAAGAACACUUGUCCUUGACAUUUGCCCAGCAGACAGUGUUGGCUUCCUCCACAAGGAUAAGCUGCUAAAUGUCAUUGCUAAUAAACCUAGCUUUUUACUGAGUGCUGAAUAUAAGCAAAUUAAUGCAAUAGGAACCUCAACCAAGCAUUGUGUGUAUAAACUUUACAGUACAUUAACAUACUUUUCAGUUAUCCAACUUAAAGCAUUUAUUUAAACAUGCAGAACAUUGAUAAAGAGGAUUAUGGAGAAUUGGAACAGUGGAAGUAAGAGGGACUUAGUUUCAUUAGUUGCUCCCCAAAACUGCUUAUUCCCCAGAGUUCUUCUAAAAAUUCAAAUAUUUUUACAAUUAAAUGAGAGGAAUGGUGAGCUCAUUACAGCAGUUUGGCAGGAAUCAUUAUCACACAAUAUUCCAACUAAAUAAAGUGACUGGUUAUGAUGCCAGUGAUGCAUUGAGUCUCUAUGUAAUGGCUUAAAGGCUCCACACAAGCGUUCCUGUUUAUUGUCGCUGUGCUUUGCUGUAAAACAGAUUAGUGAUUCAGAAGUAGCUUCUGUUCCCUGCUGUAGCCUCUGGUUCUGGUGGCGCAGCUUUUGUUGACUGCAGCAGCGCACAGAGUGUAGAGAGAGAUGUGUAGCAGAAUAAUUAGGCUGUUAAGAUGCUUUCUGUUUCAUUAUCUACUCCUAUGAGUUGUCGGCUUGCAAAAAGAAAGAAAAAGGAAUCAGAGUAAUAAUAAUGUGCCUCGAUUUUCCUUAGCAUCUAAACGAGAUGUCUUGCCAUCUGAUGAAUAUAAUGUCCGAGUUUCUUUAUUUAAUUUCCACUGGUUAAACGGUCAAAUCAGAUGGAAUGUUCUCUAUCUCUAUGUCUCCAUCUUUGUUUUGAUAUUUCUUUAUUCUUAUUUAUGCUCUGACUCCAAACAUUUGCACGCAACACCCAAACUAAGUCUACAAGAUGCACAUUUACUGUGUCUGAGGUUGCAUAGCCAUUCGACCAGUCAGAGUACCCGCAGUGAUCCCUGUCACUGCUGAAAGCACCAACAUGUAGACUGAUGAGUAUCAGAACUGGAUUAUGGAGCAAUGAAAAAUGAUGCCCUGGUCUGAUGAAUCAUGUUUUCUCAUCAUCAGCCAUCAGAGGAGACACUGGUGUCUGAUUCAGGCAUUGGAACAUCAAAUGUCUUAUAUUUGGUAGUGGCUAUAUGCUGCGUUUUGGGGAACUUGUAGUCAAAUUCAGUUUUUUCUGAAGUAUGUAAUGCUGAGAGACCUCCGGUGAUGCACAAAAGGUGUUUCCAUUGCAUUUCAAUUCAACUAAAAAACAAAACAAAAAAAACACCUCAGGCUAGUGCAAAACUUUUUUUUUUUUUUCUCAAAAUGUUUCCAUAAAAGCAAAUUUUUUUUCAGAAUUCCAAUUUGUGCAAUUUUAAUGUCAAUGGCAACGAGUGCUGCCUGCUUUGUCCAGCUAAAGCAAUUGUGAUCGCAUCAACUUCCAAAGAUGGUCAUAAUGUUAUGCCUAAUUGACGUAGAAAAAUCCAUUUUAUGAACUGACAUUUUANGCUUCUGCAGCUGAGAAGGNCAUUACCAGACUUAAACAAUUAGUUCUGUAAAACCUGUCCUGUGAGAUUUCCCUCCAUUAGUUUAAGCACUCAGACAGAGAAGUUACGCACUUCAGGAUUAUUGAAACAUACUCCAGUUACAUCCACUGUCUCAGUAUUGGGUAAAAAUGGAAGGAAGAUGGAGUGAUGCUAAAUUUUAAACCCUUCUCUUUAUCUAAAAUAAGUUUUCUGGAGACACAGAGGAGGAUUUGUUGGUGCGAAUGUGAGAAGCAUACAAACACGCUGAUGUUUAGCUGUAAGGCAACCCGUGUGAUUAUUCCGAGCAUGUACAUGUGCCACUGCUUUUCAUGCACAAGUGGGUCCCUCUCACAUCAGCAGAGUUUAUGUCGCUCCACAAGUGGGUUUGUGAUUCACUGUGGAUGUAAAAAAUCCAUUUCAUUUCAUAGAUGUUCAUUUUCCUGCCGUCGUUUGUGGCUACACUCAAUUUCUUCAAGAUGAGACUUUUCCCGUGUAUUCACUGAUGUAAAAAUGGACCUGUUUUUUCUCGGUGUGUGUGGAAACACUUUUUCUGCUCCCAGCAGGAAGCCUGAGCAAAGACGGGCACCCUGGCUUCACACACAUGAAAGGUCACCUGCAGAGGAAGUACAGCAGAUGGAUUUUCAGUGUCAUUAUUGCAAAGUUCCUUAAAGCAGGGCAGCUAAACUUGUUUGCUGGAAAAGUCACUGUGAUGACAGCUACAUUCCACCCGCUGUUAUCUAACAGAAAAUAUAUAAAUAAAUAAAUAAUCUGCUGAAUGGAUGGCAUUUUUGCUGCCUCAGGUUGCUACAUGUCUGCUGCAUUCCUAUUUUAUGUAGCUACACCACAGGAUAGAUUUGGUAGUUGCAAAGGCACUAGAUUGUUUUACAUAAAUUUACUCUGAACAGAAUUGACUUUUUUGUCCUGGAGAUAGAAAGUGCUGAUGUCAGUCUUCCAUCGAGACAUUUAAUGUAGCAACAGCCCAAGGUUGACAUUCCUGACUUUUCCUGAAACAUUUUGAGAAUAACACAUUCUCCAAAUCUGUGCUGAUGAUUGAAAAACCCACAGUGCCAUCCGUACAGCUGAAGGCUCUGUGCUUUUAGCUGUUCAUCUUACAUUUCAAACCUGUCAGAUACUCUGAGAGCGGUUCUGACAGCUCCUGCUCAUGAGCUGAAUACAUGGAGGAAGAAUCAGAAAGGGCCAUUCAUUUGUCCAGGCACAAUCCAAUUAGCAAAGCAAUCAAAAUUAGCUGAUUUAUUUUGAUUAUAAACUUUUAAAAGAAAUGAAUAAGUGAACAUCUUAAAAUAUUAUCACCCUGUUUCAUUUCUAGCCUUUUAUGUCUGAAUGAAAUUCAUAUGCUCACCAGCUUCUAAAUGUAUUUAAAUCUACCAUCAAGUAUAAAAAAAUGUGAAAGAAAUUCCUCUCUGUCAUUAUUUGUGAACCAUAAAGCCAAAAUGGAAAAGUUAUGUGUGAAAAACUUGCGCUCCUUAGUUUGACAAUUAGAUUCUUGUCCAGUCAGUCUCUAUCAAACAACUGAAAGUCUGAAUCACUCAAUCAAGUUCCCUUUUCAGAAUGAACAGGCUCUCCACAAUGCAUUUCAUUCUCAAUUGUAGAGAAAUAAGAAAAAAACAUUUCAAAGAUUUUCUAAAAAAUAAUCAAUGCAGCCAUUUCUAAUACUUUAUGCUCAGUUUGCAGAAAACUUUGUUUCUCCUUUCACACUAUUAAUUACUGGAAGUACUUUCCUGAAUGUAAUAUAACAGUUAGUCUCUGUGUGCUCAACAAAGAAUGUAUUUAUUUUGGACAGGAAUGAAAUUAAGUUUUAUGUGUCAUUUGUUGCAACACAGGAAGCAUUUUUUUUACAUCCUGUUUAGAUAAAUCCCCAGCUGGUCUGGGGGUUUGAACCUCAUCUCACAAACUCCAACAUCACAACACAUUUUUUUACAAUGUGAAGUACCAUACUGGCAUUUGUAAAAUAACCAGUGCUGUACAAUAAAAUACAGUUGUGAACUCCUAA